AUGCAGUACCAAAUACUCACUCUCCUGUUUUCGGCAACAGCACUAGCUGGACCGGUCGCGCAGGUUACUACCAUUACAUACACCGAACCAAACGCUGCCUUGGUUUACGACUCCGAGAUCGACGAUAUCACCGUCAGUUAUCCAAGCUGGUAUGAGUCGAUCAUGGAGACAGCUAUCCCAACUACAUGGGAGAAUGAAUUUCUGGACGAUGCCACCUUUGCGGAGAGUGUUGAUGAAGCGGAGCUUUUAGGUACAAUGCCAGCCUGGUGGUCUAGUCUACCCAGCGACGCGAAGUAUGUGUAUACCAGCGAGGAUGCAGUACUGGCGUCUGAGAUGUCAACGGUUCCUUGGCCUUCUACUAUCACUGGGACUACAGUAGUUGUUUAUACCUUUACUCCGUACCCCGAGCUUGUAUCUGAUAUUGAGGCUGCCUCCUCAUCCAAAGCUAAAUCAACUGCAAAUGGUACAUCUGCUGCUUCAGGCGCUGCUCAGACUUCUACUUCCACUGCGGGCGCUGCUGGGCCGACGGGGGCUAUUGCUAUGAGUAUUGCUGGUGUUGUUGGUGUUUUGGGUCUUGCGAUUGCGUUAUAA